AGUGGCAGAGACUAAGAUCUAAGCCGAGAAUGCUGCGUUCCUUAUUCUGCUAGUUUCUUGCUGACUGGUGGAAAAAAGUGACUCUAGGGUGUGUCUACACAGCGCAGUGAGCCCAGCUCAGACUCAGGUUUGAGACCGCGCCCCUUUUUGUCCACACACAGAUCAGUCUGACUCCGGUCAAGUCAGGUCCUAGCAUCCUGCUGGGGCGAGUCUGAGCCUGCGUCCUGGUGUGACUCCGGUCCGAGCUCUGCCAUUUUGCAGUGUGGACACAGCUCAAGCUGCAGACCCAUCAGAAGGCAAACCUCGAACCCAGACCCUACGGAAGCCAGUCGGAGGAAACAGAACCAGGAUGAUUCUGCGACCUGGAAUUGAUUUGGUCAGCGCCUGCUAAGGCCUAGUUGACCCUGGGGAUAAAAGCCGUGCCCAGGAUACCUUUGAAACAGUUCAUUCAAACACAGCUCGGGCCCAGCCUGGCUGGUCGGGGUCUUCAGGUAAAAGUCACAAUCCAACUGUAUUUGAAAGGAGUUUUUCCUGAUCACCCCACGUAGCCAAACCGCGCCUGAGCUGUAAUCCAGUGAGCUGCUUUGAAGAUCUCCUUACGAAGGGCUCUGCCGGCACCGCCAGACCCACUGUGAACAGGGCCGUAGUUACCGCUGGCCGCAGAAAGGUGAACAUGUCCCCUGUUUUGGAGUCAUCUCUUCUCUCUCCGAAAGAAUUGCGGUGCAACCCAAAUCCACUCCUGGCUUCCCAGGAAACCCAAAUGAAACCAAACGGAACAACUCAUGUGACCAUCCCACCAGAGGAUGGAGAGAGCAGCAAAAUCUACCCUGCAGGUUUGCUCUCUAGGUUGAAAUCACAGGCACGUCGCUGGGCAGUUCUGAACAUGGUUCUCAUUCUCAUCCUGACCAUCACUGUCAUCACCCUCAUCGUCGCCCUCAUCGCCCUGUCAGCUCCAGCAAAGAAAUCUGAGCCGUGUUCAGCUGGUCCUGCCUGCCCAGACGGCUGGAUCAGGUACCUGGGGAAGUGUUACUAUUUCUCACAGGCUGCAGGAGACUGGACCGACAGCCAGAACAACUGCUCUGCACUCGGUGCCUCCCUGACCGUGAUUGACACCCAGCAGGAAAUGGAUUUUCUGCUGCGCUAUAGAGGACGCUUUUACCACUGGAUUGGCCUCCGGAGGGAACCGGACCAACCCUGGAUGUGGACCAAUGGCACUGAAUUCAACAACUGGUUUACAAUAGUGGGAGGAGGCCUAUGUGCUUUUGCAGAUAAUGACGAAAUUGCCAGUUCAGGCUGCUCCAGGGCGGGACACUGGAUCUGCAGCAAACCAGCGGAGAAACCAGAAGGCAGAGCAAAGUGACAGUGACCUGGAUGAGGCGGGGCAUUGUCCUUUUAACGGAGCUGUCCCAAGCUGCCUCAGUGACGGGGGAACUGGAUGGGGCUGGCGAAGGGGGACAGCUCCAGCAGCAAGGAAGAGAGACGCUCGCUGAAGGACAGCGUAUAGAUCCUCCCCUUGGAGCCUCUGGCACCCAUUGGGCCAUUUGGGGACUGGGGUGAGGGUGCUGAUUAGCCAGCAUCCCCCAGCUCGCUCUCUGGCACAGAGAAGGGAUCUUCUGACUUGGAAAUGAGAAGGGGAGCAGCCCAGCCUGCCGUGUCCCUCCUGUCAGGGGCCCAGGGCAGGAGCCUGGCCCGGGCUGUGGCUAGAGGCCAAUGGACCAGCUGGGGCCAUCGGGAGGUGCUGUGGCCCCUGCAGCCAUGCGGUGAAGGGGCUGCUGUGAACCCUGCAGCCGGGGGCAAGGACACAUGAACUCUGCUGUACAGCGAGAAGGGCUGUUGUGCAGGCCCUGCUGAGCGCUGGGGGAGCGUGAAGAGACGCUGCAGACAGGAGGGGGUGGCUGGAACACAUAGACGUGUGUGUGUAUAUACACAUGUGUGUACAUAUAUAUUUAAAUAAAUUCUUAUUUAUAA